ACAAGCCCUUCAUGAUCAUCACGGAGUACAUGGAGAACGGCGCGCUGGAUAAAUUCCUACGGGAAAAAGAGGGGGAAUUUGGCGUCAUCCAGCUGGUGGGGAUGUUGAGGGGCAUCGCUGCCGGCAUGAAGUACUUGGCCAACAUGAAUUACGUCCACCGGGAUCUGGCCGCCCGGAACAUCUUGGUGAACAGCAACCUGGUGUGCAAGGUGUCCGAUUUUGGGCUUUCAAGGGUGUUGGAAGACGACCCUGAAGCCACCUACACCACCAGUGGUGGGAAGAUCCCCAUCCGUUGGACGGCACCCGAAGCCAUCUCCUACCGCAAGUUCACCUCCGCCAGCGACGUCUGGAGCUACGGCAUCGUCAUGUGGGAGGUGAUGUCCUACGGCGAGCGACCGUACUGGGAGCUCUCCAACCACGAGGUGAUGAAGGCCAUCAACGAGGGCUUCCGCCUCCCCGCCCCCCUGGAUUGCCCCUCCGCCAUCUACCAGCUGAUGAUGCAGUGCUGGCAGCAGGAGCGCAGCCGGCGCCCCAAAUUCGCCGAUAUCGUCAGCAUCCUCGACAAGCUCAUCCGCGCCCCCGAGUCCCUCAAGGCGCUGGCGGACUUCGACCCCAGGGUCUCCAUCCGGCUGCCCAGCACCAGCGGCUCGGAGGGCGUCCCCUUCCGCUCCGUCCCCGAGUGGCUGGAGUCCAUCAGGAUGCCCCAGUACACGGAGCACUUCAUGGCCUCGGGCUACAGCACCAUCGAGAAGGUCCUGCAGAUGACCAGCGAGUGA